UGCCGUGCUGCGCGCUCGGUGUCACCAGGGGUGUGGACGCGCAGAAGGGGUGGAUCACGUGUUCCUGCGUUUUCUUGAUUUUUUUUUUUUUUGUCAGGAACCUCUUGAUCCAUAAAGGGAUCGCUUUUACCUGUUGUGAGCUCAGGUCGACCUGGUUGCCAGACUCGUUUCAGCCUUUUCCCGUCUGUCUAGCUGAGCACCGAAGGAUCCCUCUGAUUGGCUGCGGAGGGAAACGAGCGCUCUCAGCCCACCCACCGUUGAUUAUAGGGACUCUUCCUCGCAAUCUCAGUUUGCUUCCUUGCAUUGAGUCUGGGACCUGGCCCCGGGGCUGAACGGCACAUACAGAGCACACAUCAUGGCAGCUACCCACAGCGAAUACAGAGGCUACCUGCGGAGCACCGUCGACAUGGAGACAGGGCCGCACCGCUUCCACCCGGUGCAGAGCUCGGAGCCCACAUACCGGCCACUCCUGUUCGGGACCCUCGCUGUUAUGGGAUUGCUUCAGGUGGCUUCCAGCGUUGCGAUCUUAUUACACCUGACAGGUUAUCUGCAGGAGGUAGAUUUGUCCACAGCCCCACAUCGGCCAAUUGAGGAAGUACAGACGGAGCCAGUGCUGAACGCUCUGAGAGACCCCAGGAAAUCUGGUAGACGGUGCAAAACUCAGAAAGACAGCCUGCCGUCAGCUCAUCUACAAAUCAAAACACCUCAAGAGUUCUCAAAGAAUGGUGAGCCGAAGGCCAUCACCAUCGACUGGGACGAUGUGCAUGAUUUCCGCCACAAAAUGGGCUACGAGAAGGGAAAGCUGCUGGUGGAGGAGUCAGGCUUCUACUACGUUUAUGCCAAGACCUGCUUCCGCUACUACGAGUUGGUACGAGAGGACAGCAGUCAGGUCAGGGGCCAACCAGUGGAUGUUAGCAACACCCAGCUGUUCCAGUAUGUCCUACAUGAGAGCAGCAAUAAGAGGAGCAAGGCGUUCCAGCUGAUGAAGACAGGCAGCACCAUGCGCUGGAACAAUGCGAGUUAUAAUAUGUACUGUGCUCAGCAGGGCCGAGGGGUUCGACUGGAGCAGGGAGACGCCUUGUUUGUGAAUGUGUCUAAUGCUUGGAUGCUGGACCUGGCGGGAGAAGGGACGUAUUUUGGGGCCAUAAAGUUGGGUAACUGAGAUUUAAACACGUGGGGAGCGGACAUGCUACUGAACAUUUCAUAUGCCAAAGAACCACUGUUAGUGAUUUGUAAUGUUAAUUUUGUCUAAAAAGUGUGUGUGUUUUUUUUAUAUACAUGUGUUGUUCUUUUAUGUUGCUCUUUGCCAAAUAGCCUUGGAGUCCUUUUGUUUAGAAAAGGUAAUUAAAAAGGUCAUGUUCUUUGAAAAACUUGUCAAAAAAAAAAACAAAACAAAACAAAAAAAACAACAACCACAAAAAAAACAAAAAAACGAGACACAGCCGUCAACUUCAUCCAAAAAAUAGCACUGGACUUUCUUCUUCUUCUUCUUUUUUUUUUUUCUUUUACUUAUAUUUCAGUUCAGCUGAGACUUAAGCGUAGACAUGUGUUCAUGCACUAAUUACACAAAUCACAAGGGAGCAACCAAGGAAGUAACUUUGUUGGCAAGAAGUGCACUGAGAAAGGAUUUAUCAGUGUCGAUUGGUGGAAUUUAAAAACAAAGAACAUUGUAGCUGAUAGAACAUCUGCUUGUACUCUGGACUCAGACGCAGAUUAUCUCAGAAUAAAAAGAACAGAACUCCCCGGUCCGCCUCUGACCCACAGCAGUGAAUGCACACAUGUUUUCCAGAAAAGUUCUGUGAGUGUGAACAAAGCAAGCAAUGAGGCAUCCUCACUCUAAGUAACUCAACAGUAUCAUUCGAAAGAGGCGGUUAGAUGGAGACUUAUUCAUCCCUCAAUGUCUCUAAGGGACCACUGAAACCAAAUACCAUGAAAAAUUCACUUAGACUCUGACAUUGUUUUUUCAAGCAACAAAACCAGUUGAAAAAGGUCACGUGUGUGCUCCACAAGCUCAUGUUAUCCAGUUUUCUGCCUUGACAAAAAUCUAAUGAGGUGCCUGCUUCACUGAUUACACGACAAUGUCAUUUUAAACAAUGUCAUUUUUAGGAGGAAAUGACAUUUGUUUGUUAAGUUAAUGUCAAUCAACAAGCAAUGCGGAUAGCUGGACUGUCUGACCAUAAAUGACAUGAAUAGACUUCUUUAACUAGAGGAACCAAAUUGAGUUUGGUUCAUCUUUAACUUAAAUUUUUGUUUUUCAUUUGGCUCUUCAGUGAGGUAAAUGGGAAUAUGCACUAAAUAUUUAUUUAUUAGCUAUAGAAGUACAGAGACAGGUCAUUGUUUAAGUGACCUUUCAGCUGUAAAAAUCAUUUAUAUUUUAUGUCUGUGUGACAGUCAUUAUGCAGCACUUAGAGAAUAUAGUAGUCACGCUUUUUGUUAUUAAAACACAGGGGCUUCAUUUUAAAUACCAUAUUUAUGUAUCAUGAUUUUGACAAUUCUGUGUGCACUUGCUUAGCCAAAAGCAAUAUGGAUAUAUUGUUUCUUCUUCAAGAUUGUAGCAUACCUGUAAGAGCUUCAUCUGAUUUGUUAGUUUUUUUUUUUUUUCCAUUCAGUGUUCUUUUUAUUUAUGUUUGUGUAUGUUUUAAUAAAAAAAAUACUUUUGUAA